AUGGGCAAAAAGGACAAGAGUGCGGUCGCUGAAGAUUUGGGUAAGGCUCAAGCCGAAGGAAAAUUCCAUCUCAAAGCCGGUGGUGCCGAGCCGAAGCUAGACAGCGCUCAAUGGCCUCUCUUGUUGAAGAAUUUCGACAAGAUGAACAUUCGCUCGUCUCACUACACUCCAUUGGUCGAGGGAUGUUCUCCACUUCAACGUGACAUCAAGAACUACAUCUCUUCCGGCUUCUUCAAUCUCGACAAGCCAGCCAAUCCUUCUUCACACGAGGUAGUUGCUUGGAUAAAACGAAUUCUUCGCUGUGAGAAGACUGGACAUUCGGGAACCCUUGAUCCAAAAGUGUCGGGAUGUCUUAUCGUGUGCAUUGACCGAACGACCCGUCUUGCCAAAUCGCAGCAAGGAGCCGGAAAGGAGUACAUGGCGAUUUUCAAGCUGCACAAUCCGGUGGCCUCGGAGAAGAAAAUUCAUCAAGGACUGGAGAAGCUGACUGGAGCUCUUUUCCAACGGCCACCACUCAUCUCGGCUGUGAAAAGACAGCUUCGUGUUCGAACUGUUUACGAGAACAAGCUGAUUGAAUACGACUCGGAACAACAACUCGGAAUCGCUUGGUUCAAGUGUGAGUCGGGAACUUAUGUGCGUACUCUGUGCGUGCAUUUGGGAAUUCUUCUCGGAACCGGCGGUCAAAUGGCGGAACUGCGUCGUAACCGCUCGGGAAUCACCGAUGAGCACGACCAACUGGUGACCAUGCACGACAUCAUGGAUGCACAAUACGUUCUGGAUCAUCAUAAAGACGAGACCUACAUGAGGACAAUCGUUCGUCCAUUGGAGGCUCUCUUGACCGCUCACAAACGGAUCAUCGUCAAGGAUUCAUCGGUGAAUGCUAUCUGCUACGGAGCCAAGAUUCUCAUUCCGGGAGUCCUGCGUUACGACGAUGGAAUCGAAGUCAAUCAGGAGAUUGUCAUCGUCACGACAAAGGGAGAAGCUGUUUGCCUCGCUGUAGCACUGAUGACCACUUCGACCAUUGCUUCGGUUGAUCAUGGAGUGGUUGCUAAGAUCAAGCGUGUCAUCAUGGAGCGUGAUACUUACGGUCGCAAGUGGGGCAUGGGACCGGUGGCUUUGAAGAAAAAGAAGAUGGUUCAAGAUGGGUUGCUCAACAAAUUUGGCAAGCCAAAUGAGAAGACUCCAAAGGGAUGGAAGGGUUAUGAGGACUUGUCGGCUCCCAAGGCUGAAAUGAAGUCUCAAGAAAGCGAUGACGAGAAAGAGGCUGCUCCACCCAAGAAAGCAAAAGUCGUCGAGUCACCCAAGAAGAGCAAGAAAGCCAAGAAAGAAAGCAGCUCUUCAGGCGAUUCGGACUCCGAA